AUGGCUCGACCGAAUUUGCAAGAUGAUGAAGACGAGUUUGGCUGGGAUCUCUCGCUAGAGGACGAACUGCUCCUUUCCAACAUUGCAGACCACGCUCAAGACCCGGCCCGACGUCCCCGCUCGUCUAGCGCCGGCUCUGAGACAACCAUCACCACUAUAACCACUGUCGACCAGCGUGCGACAGCAAAAAUACUGCUUCCGGCGCGGUCUUCAAACCCCAUCUCUAACCUCCAGGCCGACAUCACAGCCGCGUUCCCCGCGAGUCCCUGGACCGAAGUCAUCGACAUUGACAGCCUCGCCGACACUGCCUCAAUCGGGCCACGGCUCGGCUAUGACAAUGGCGCGCGCAAUGCACGCUUCGAUGGGUUUAAUGGCCAGAGACACGUCGGCUCGGGCUCUACCGUAUCGAACAUUUCUGAACAAAGCGCCGACCUUGCAUACGGCAAGCAAGCGGACGUACGCUACCCCGAUUUGAGCAUCCCACUAUUGGCUAUCAAACCUGCUCCAAACCCCGAUAUUGAAGAUUUGCCCCAAUCUUCCUCCUCCGGUAACGAGGCGGUAAAACCUCUCAAAUCACCACUCGCUCGCUUCCGAACCUUUCCCAAAAAACCACUGUCCGUCACGGACUUUUCAUCGCUGGUAUGGUGCGAGCAGCAGCACGAGUACACCCUCACGCGGCUCGGAGGGCGCAAGCCCAGGACGGCGGCCAUGAAGAGCGGCACCAAGAUACACGAGCAGCUCGAGCGCGAGGUGUACAGGACGGUGCGCGUCGAGAUCAUGACGAAAGAAGACGCGUUUGGGCUCAAGAUCUGGAACAUCAUACAGGGUCUGCGCACGCUUCGGGACGACGGCCUGACGCGCGAGCUUGAAGUGUGGGGUUUGGUGGACGGCCAUGUCGUCAACGGCUUGAUCGACGGCCUCAGCGUCCAGCAUCCAGAUCCUCAGUUUGAGGAGGAGCUUUUGAGUCAGUCUGGGAGUCAGGAGGAGGCUGCUAGGUUGAGUGAGAACCACAAGAUUACCGACUUCUUCGCAGGUGUGAAUCCGUCGCAGGAGCUGAGAGGGCCGGCUCGCAAGGUUUGGCUGUUUGACGUCAAGACCAGAGGGCACUGGUCUCUACCCAGCAAGGUUCAUCUGCGGCCCGCCAUGAUACAGCUGUAUCUCUAUCACCGUUUCUUGGCGGAUAUGGCUGCGGGUAGACUUGACUAUUUGCACGUUUACCGACGAUACGGUCUCGACCCAGACCUCCCAUUCUCCGACCUCUUUCUCGCUCAGAUCGGGUCUUUGCAUGACGAGGUCUUUCAGGACUCGACCUCAACGCCGCCAUCACCGGAUCCUUCAUCACAGGAUAGCGACUAUUCAAGUGGAACCGAGGCCACGACCGCAGCAACGUCAGCUCCAUCCUCCAUGCCUGCAGAGGAGCGACUUCGCUAUCGAUCUCUGAGGCAACUCAUUCCACUACUCAAGAAUGAGCUCAAGCAAACGUUUCCAAGAGGUGAAGCUUCGCUCGGUCAAGUCGUCUCAAUCGAAUAUCGGUACAGGGGUCUGCCGAAGCGAAAGAAGGAGAUGGAUAUUGACCUGAGCAUGGAAGACGAGGAAGACUCUGAUGUGGGCGCUCUCAUCGGGCAUCAUAAUUUCAACGUUGCCGACGAGAACCUGCCUUCCUGUCUGGAGGACCACAUGGAGUGGUGGCGUGGCGAGCGUCCAGCCAACGGAGUCCCCGUCGAAGAGGCGGACAAGUGCCGCUAUUGCCAGUUUGCCGACAUUUGCGAGUGGCGGGCCGCGAAUCACCUGAAGCUGCUUGAGGAAAGUCGGCAGCGGAAAGCAAGGGCCGCCGGCUCUGCACAGAAGGGCAAAUGGAGAAAGUAUGCAUAA